CGCAACCAAACCUUUCCACGUCGUUCCCUUGAAAAAAGCUUCCCCCCCUUUUUUGUUUUGUCGCCUCUUGCGCCCACAAAUUGCAAAUCUCUCCUUUUGUUAUUCUUUUUUCCUUCCUCUCUAGACACUUCAACGUCGCUCCUGUAGCGAGUUCUUGAAGUCGCGUGCGUAACCUCUUUUGUUAGUGGCGAGCGGACCCGGGAGGCAGCCGACACCCGACAAUCAUCAUGUCUGCACGAUACGAACGAGUUAACGCUCACGACGAAGACGACGUCGAUAGUCCCGUCGACGCCCGAAACCGCCUUGGUCCCAUCCCCAACUCCCCACCGCCCUCCUUCCACUCCCGAGCCUCCUCUCCCACAAGAAACCGCCAAGUCGAUCCCGCCCUCGCCGAUGCCUUUGACGAUGAUGACGAUAGCGACGACGAGGUGGACGAUCGGAGGCGGCUGAUGCGACACAACACAACCUCUGCGGCUUCAUCCACCGAGAAUGUCAGCACGUUACAACCCCCAGUUCAGCCGGCUGCCCCGGUACCGACACCAUCAGGGUCAAGGUCGACGAGGAUUGUGGGAGGAGGACACGGAUCUGAUGGUGUUUUUGCCAAUCUGUCUGCGCGCCCUGAGAGAGGCUCCAGCGAUCCCGAGAAGGACGAACAACCACCGUCGUACGAACAAGCCGCUGCCGACGCCGCUCCCCCAUACUGGGAAACGACUAUUCUCGCCCCAGGCAUGGGCGGCCCCGAUGAGGUCUACAUCGACGGCAUGCCUGUUGGAUCCUUCUUCUCCUUUAUGUGGAACGGCAUGAUCUCAGUAGCCUUUACGCUCGUCGGCUUCCUUCUCACCUACCUCCUCCACUCGACCCACGCUGCCAAGAACGGUUCCCGCGCUGGUCUCGGUAUCACCCUCAUCCAAUACGGUUUCUACAUGAAGGGUGUCUCGGACGAUGAACCCCCAGCGAUGAACGGUCCCGACGGCUACGCUGCACCUCCCAACCCCAACUCCCACGAAUUCAAGCAAACCGACGUUACGGACGACGACAUGGGCAGCAUCAGCGGAGGUGAAUGGUUGGGCUAUGUUCUUAUGGUUGUGGGCUGGUUCCUCCUCAUCAAGAGCGUGGCCGAGUUUCUACGAGCCCGUCGACAUGAGCAACUGGUCCUCCAAAGCCCCGACCGCGGCCUGGGUGUUCCCAUCAUUGCCGAGACGGAAUCCAACGAGCGUGUGGUAUAAUUGGUGUUAAAUGAUAUCCUGGCGAGCUCUUUUUUGUUUCUGUAUAACAAUACCAUCAUCAUGCAAGCGCGUCAGAUGAGCCUUGCUUUCCCUUUUGGCGUUUUCUGGAUGGAGGGAUGGAAUCUGGGUCCUACUACAAGCUCAUUGUUUGGCGCGUCACACGCAGUUUCUUAGUCACGUUUAAAAUAUAUGUUC